AUGAAGAGCCUAAAGAUUCAACUUGCAGACCUUCAAAAUCAAUUUCGUCAGAAACAACAACAACAACAAGCAGCCUCUAGUUACAACAUCUUUACACCAUAUCACACUGGUAUGCAUGAUACUCUUUACCAAGCCUAUACUCUUCCUCCAUUUCAACCAUACAAUCCUCCAACCUCACCUCCAAAACCUUUUUUCACACCUUUUCAGUACAAACUUCCCCCAACAUCUAUCCCAACAUCUUCACAACCAACACAAUACUUCACUCCUAUCUCAGACCAACCAGAACAACCCUCUUUUGUUGAUCCAAAACCCAAAAGAGUAGCAGAACAACCACUUUUCCAACCUUCAAAACCAAAACCCAGCUCAAGUUCCAUACCUCAAAACCCUACACCACAACCAAACCAAAAAUCUGUACAACUUAUGAUUUCUCCUACACAAACCCUUCCAGAUAUACUUCCCCAGAUGGCAUAA